AUGGCCAUCAUUCUUCGAUUUGUUGAUUGUCAUGGGUAUAUUAGAGAACGAUAUUUCAAAGUUAUUCGUGUUAAAGACACUUGUUCUCAAACUUUGAAAGAUGAAAUAUGCACUAUCCUUGGUAAGUAUGAUCUCCAAGUAGAAAAUAUGAGGGGACAAGGAUAUGAUGGAGCUAGCAACAUGCGGGGUCAAUUUAAUGGAUUACAAGCUUUGUUUCAAAAAGAAUGUAAGUAUGCAUAUUAUAUGCAUUGUUUUGCUCAUCGCUUACAAUUGACUUUAAUUGCCACGGCUAGAGGGGUGCAUGAUAUUUGGAUAUUCUUUUCUUCUCUAAAUCUUGUUGUGAAUUUUGUUGAUUCUUCUGCAAAACGCCAUUCAACGUUAAGAGUUAUUGCACAAGCCGAUAUUGCAGAUUUAGUGGAUGCAGGUACACUUCAGACUGGUAGAGGGGCUAAUCAGACUACUACUUUGCAACGGGCAAGGGCUACUCAUUGGGGUUCACAUCUUCGCUCUAUUUCAAGUUUGAUCAAGUUAUUUGGUGCUACCAAGAAGACUCUUACAAAAUUGGAAAAAAAUGGACCAAGUAAAGUCCAAGGAGAAGCAAAAGGUGUAAGUAUAGCUAUGAACCGUUUUGAUUUUGUCUUUUGCUUGCUUUUGAUGCAUGAUGUCUUGAAGAUCACUAAUUUUCUUUGUCAAUCUUUACAAAAGAAAGCAAUAGACAUCUUAAAUGCUCUACGUUUUCUUGAUAUUGCAAAAGAGAAACUUCAAGCUCUAAGAGAUAAUGGCUGGGAUGAUUUGAUUGUGAGGGUAGAGUCAUUUUGUUGUGAACAUGGUAUUAAAAUGCCGGAUAUGUCUGCUCCUUAUAAGAAAGGUACAGAGCGAGAUUGUGCACAAAGUAUUACAAAAGAGCAUUAUUACCGGGUCACUAUACUUAAUUCCGUGAUAGACUUUCAGUUGAGAGAGCUUGAUAGUAGAUUUACAGAUCAGUCCUUGGAACUUCUUAUUCUUAGUGGUACACUUGAUCCACGGGAUAAUUUCCAGGCAUUCAACCCUGAAAGUGUUCGCACUCUUGCUUCCAAGUUUUAUCCAAUGGAUUUUUUAGCAUUUGAUACGGUUGCCUUAGAUAUGGAGUGUGGGUACUUUCUUGUAGAUGUUCAAAGGGAUGACAGAUUUGUGCGCACAACUUCUUUAUCUGAUUUGUGUCGGCGGGUAAUUGAAUCAAGAAAGGCUGCAUUUUUUCCUAUGAUAUAUAGGUUGAUUUGUCUUGUGUUAACUCUACCAGUAUCUACAGCAACCACAGAGAGAGUAUUUUCAUCUAUGAACAUCUUGAAAAACAAACUUAGAAACAAGAUGGAAGAUGACUUUCUUGAUGAUUUGAUGGUUCUUUACAUUGAAAAAGAGCUUGCUGAUAGUAUUGAAAAUGAUUAUGUAAUUGAGGAGUUUGAAAAGUUAGGGUGUCGGAGAGUAGACUUUCACUAUGCCAAUUCUUGCAUCAGGCAAGGUUUUGUCGCCUGA